CCAAAAUCCUCUCAUGAUCAAAACCCAGAUUUUCAUUCUUGAGGUUUUCCUGGAAAUUUUUUGAAAAUCGUACGUCAUGAGAUCAACUAAAACCCAUCAAAUUUUCAGCCUGAAGCUUCUCCUUCUUGGAGUGUUGCUAGCUUUUAUCGUCCUCUUCUUGUUAAGAACAAACUUGUCAUCAGCAGAUUAUUCCAAACAGAGCAGUAAUGACAACACAUUAUCACGAAAAACCCUAGUAGCGAACAAGGAAUCAUCAGCAAAAGAAGAAAACGACAAUAAUUGCCCUCAAACGACAGCAUGCACCAAAAUCCCACCCUCAUUAGCCCAAACCCUAAUCCACUACACAACCUCCACAAUCACCCCUCAACAAACCCUAAAAGAGAUCUCGGUCACUGCGGGGGUGCUCGAGAAGCGGUCCCCUUGCAACUUCCUCGUGUUCGGGCUCGGGCACGACAGCCUCAUGUGGGCCGCCCUCAACCACGGCGGGCGGACGGUGUUUCUAGAGGAGGAUGAGGCUUGGAUCGAGCAAAUAAGGCGGCGGUUCCCCACCCUCGACACGCACCACGUGAGGUACGAAAGCAAGGUCAACGAGGCGGAGGGGCUGAUGGACGUCGGGAAGGGACCGGAGUGCACCGCCGUCGGCGACCCCAGGUACUCGAUGUGCCUGCUAGCCCUAAAGGGCUUGCCUAGUGAAGUGUAUGAGACAAAAUGGGACUUGAUCAUGGUUGAUGCACCAACCGGGUACUAUGAGGAGGCUCCAGGAAGAAUGACGGCUAUAUUUACGGCUGGGAUGAUGGCCAGAAAUAGAGAAGAAGGAUCAGAGACUGAUGUAUUUGUACAUGAUGUUAAUAGGGUUGUGGAGGAUAAAUUCUCAAAGGCUUUUCUUUGUGAGGGUUAUAUGAGGGAACAAGAGGGAAGGUUGAGGCACUUCCGGAUUCCUAGUCACAGGGAUGACACUCAGAGGCCUUUUUGCCCAACAUUAGAGUAAUUCUAAUUACACUCUCUUUUUCAU